AUUCAGACCACGCCUCCUAUCCCGGAAGUGAAAUCCCCAGGACUUGAUGUGUGUGUUCGUAGUCCAGCAAUUUUGUCGGUGUCGUGCGGCGCCCGCUACGUAAAAUGGACGCGCUCAACAAGCUUAAACAGUUUGACGCCUAUCCCAAAACUCUAGAGGAUUUCCGGGUGAAGACGUGGGGCGGCGCGACCGUGACAAUCAUCAGCGGUGUCAUCAUGUUAAUCCUAUUCAUUUCAGAGCUGCAGUACUACCUUACCAAGGAGGUGCAUCCUGAACUAUAUGUGGACACGUCCCGAGGCGACAAACUGAAAAUCAACAUCGACGUGGUCUUCCCUCACAUGCCAUGCGCCUAUCUCAGCAUCGACGCCAUGGACGUGGCUGGCGAGCAGCAGCUAGAUGUAGAGCACAACCUCUUCAAGCAGCGGCUGGACAAAGACCUCCAACCUGUCACGCAAGAGGCGGAGAAACAUGAACUCGGGAAAGCCGACGACGGACAAGCGUUCGACCCCAGCACACUCGACCCGAAACGGUGCGAGAGCUGCUACGGUGCCGAGACGGAGGAACUCAAGUGCUGCAACACCUGCGAUGACGUGCGCGAGGCUUACCGUCGUCGGGGCUGGGCUUUCAAAAGCGCCGACACCAUCGAGCAGUGCAAACGAGAAGGUUUCACACAGAAAAUGCAGGAGCAGAAAAAUGAAGGCUGCAAAGUGUACGGCGUUCUGGAGGUUAAUAAGGUCGCGGGAAACUUCCACUUUGCUCCUGGAAAAAGUUUCCAGCAGUCGCAUGUGCACGUGCACUCUGUGGAAAUCCACGACCUUCAGAGUUUCGGCUUGGACAAUAUCAACAUGACCCAUUUGAUCAACCACCUGUCAUUCGGUGAGGACUACCCAGGCAUUGUCAACCCUCUGGAUGGGACGCAAGUGAUGGCGCCACAAGCGUCAAUGAUGUACCAGUAUUUUGUCAAAAUUGUACCGACCAUUUACAUGAAAACAGACGGAAUGGUUGUAAAAUCCAACCAGUUCUCCGUCACCAGACAUGAAAAAGUGGCCAACGGUUUGAUAGGCGACCAAGGCCUGCCUGGGGUCUUUGUUUUAUACGAGCUUUCGCCCAUGAUGGUGAAAUUCACCGAGAAACACAGAUCAUUCACUCACUUCCUGACCGGAGUGUGCGCCAUCAUCGGAGGCGUCUUCACAGUGGCCGGACUCAUCGACUCGCUCAUCUACCACUCGGCUCGCGUCAUUCAGAAGAAAAUAGAGCUGGGCAAGGCCUCCUAACAGCAGCCUUUUCGCUCCGAGCCCGCUGGCCUCCGUGUGGCCACCCUGAGGCGUGCAGAGGACUGAGCGUCUUUGCAUCGUCCAAACAGACGGACGGACUGGCGGAGAAGGACGUUAAACAUCAGCCAGGUCCCGAGUCUCGUUUUUUGUCGCCAGAAACUCAAAGUUGUCAGUCAGAUGAGCGCCAGGAGGGCGACGCUCCUUCUUUACGUCCUUUUUUCCAGGUUCAUUAUGUUCUUCUUGAUCUGUUGUUUGUGUCUGUCUCGUUCCUUGGAUUUCUUGUUAGUAUACUUUUUCUUGGUGCCUUGUUUGGGGUCCUAGUGUUUUUGUCUUUGUUUACACCCUCUCGGUGCCUUCAUUUUGUUCUUUAAGUCCAACUUUGAUUCUUUUUCUUGUUUGUGCACUUUGUCUUUGUCCUCCUCCUACGUUUUCCUAUCCUGCAUCGUUUUUUUUUUUCUUCAACACAUUGUCAGUUUCCCCAUUCUGUUAUGUCCUUAAAAGCCAUUGAUGGCGCUAGACCAUUUUGACAGGGAGGUCACCGCCCUUGCAGUUGAAAUUGAUUGCAGGUCUAACACUGUCAAUGGCAGCGAAUGAGCCGGGCAAAGGGUCGCUUCAUCUUGGGGAGGCUUUCUAAAGGGACAACAACACCUAGCGUGAAUUCGAGAUGGUUACUCAAAGUAUUUUGAAUACAAAUUGUGAUU